AACACUCGCACACUCUUCAAGCGCCUGGCCUCUCUCUCGCUCUGUACCCAUUCUAUGCGAUUCCUGCGAAACCCUCGCGUUGAGACCUGAAAAUGUCGUACAAAGGGAAGGAGAUCGCCGGAAAACCUCCAGCCGGUGGAAAGCGGAAGCGAGGCGGUGGCGACAGCGACAAGUGGGGCGGUCGGAGUAAGAAAGACCGUGGGGUUCUCCGGUUUUUCGAAGAUGAUGUUGAGGUCGACGAUUAUGAGGACAGCGACGACAGUGACAUCGAUAACUUUUUCCUGGAAGAAGAAUUAGAUUUGGAGCAAAAAGUCAAUAAUGAACCAGGAAAAAGCUAUGUACUUCCAUUUCUUCCCAAAGAAGAGCAGUUGGAGGAAGAAUUUGAUGAGAAGUUGGAAGAACAUUACAGGGAUGGUUCUGGGUUGGUUUCAUAUGCUGGAGAAAAUUAUGAAUCCAAGCGAUCCUUUGGUGGGAAUUCUCUUGUGCCUUGUGCAAAGGAUCCAACUAUCUGGAAGGUCAAAUGCACGGUUGGACGUGAGAGGCAUUCGGCUUUCUGCCUCAUGCAGAAGUUUGUUGACUUGAAGUCACUGGGUACCAAGUUGCAGAUCGUUUCUGCAUUUUCCAUAGAGCAUAUUAAAGGUUUUAUCUAUAUUGAAGCUGACAAGCAUGGUGAUAUUGUUGAGGCAUGCAAAGGGCUUUGUGGUAUAUAUGCUACUCGAGUGGCACCAGUGGCACUAAAUGAAGUAUCGCAUUUGCUAUCUGUCCGAAGUAGAUCCACUGAAAUUUCUGAGGGGAUGUGGGCCCGUGUAAAGAAUGGUAAAUAUAAGGGGGAUUUGGCUCAGGUUGUGGCUGUGAACAAUGAACGCAAGAGAGCUACAGUGAAGCUAAUACCUAGAGUUGAUCUACAAGCAAUGGCUCAAAAAUUUGGUGGGGGACUUGCUGUUAAAAGAGGUGUCACUCCAGCACCAAGAUUGAUCAGCUCUAGUGAACUUGAGGAGUUCCGCCCGCUCAUUCAAUAUAGGCGUGACCGAGAUACUGGCAAGCAUUUCGAGAUUCUGGAUGGUCUUAUGCUCAAGGAUGGCUAUUUAUAUAAGAGAGUAUCUAUCGACUCUUUGAGCUUCUGGGGGGUUAUGGCUUCAGAAGAGGAACUCUUGAAGUUUAGGAAUCCUGAGAACAAUGAAUCUCAAGAUAUGGAAUGGCUUACCCAGCUUUAUGGUGACCGCAAGAGAAAAAAGAUUUUAGGAAGUGAUAAAGGGCUUGAGAAAGGAGAGGGCUCCUCAGGUGCUGAUGUGGUGGAUGACUCUGAACUCCAUAGCCUUGUGUGUUUUGGCCGCAAAGAGUUUGGUCUUAUCAUAGGCAAAGAGAAAGACGAUCAUUACAAGAUCCUGACAGAGGGAAAAGAAGGUCCGGUUGUAGUGCCUGUUGAACAGCGCAUGAUAAAGAAAGGGCCCUCUGAUAUGAAAUUUACAGCUUUAGAUCAGCACGCGAAGGCUAUAUCAGUUGGUGAUAAAGUUAGGGUCUUGGAAGGCCCACUUAAGGAUAGAGAAGGAAUAGUCAAGCAAAUCUACAGAGGAACAAUCUUUAUGCAAGAUGAGACUGAGACCGAAAAUGGUGGUUAUAUCUGUGCUAGGUCUCAAAUUUGUGAGAAAGUCAAGUUUUCUUUUGAUGCAAGCAAGGAAAAGGGUUGUGAAUCUGGAAACCUGGGUGUUGAAGAUUUUUCUUCGUCCCCCAAGUCAUCUUUGUCACCAAAAAAACCAUGGCAAGAAAGGGAAAGCAAUCCCAACUUUAAUCAAGGGGAUAAAGAUGGUAUGUUUUCAAUUGGUCAAACUGUGAGAAUCCGCAUAGGUCCUUUAAAGGGGUACCUCUGCCGUGUUUUAGCUAUGCGGCGGUCUGAUGUUACAGUGAAGCUUGAUUCUCAGCAGAAAAUUCUUACAGUAAAAUGUGAAAAUCUGUCUGAGAUUCGAGGGAAAACAUCUGCAUUUUCAUUGAGUGAGGAUGCAGGGUCCAGUUCUUUUAAACCAUUUGAUCAGCUUGGAACUGAAGGAAGCUCUGGAGAUUGGAUGGGAGGAGCUGGAACUUCAGCAGGUGGUGAUGGGUGGAAUGCUGGAGGGCAGUCUACUGAAAGGAGCCCUUGGCCUAGCUUUCCAGCCACAGGCCUCCAGAAAUCUCUGGAAACUGAUUCUGCAAAUCCAUCUGUUUCAGCAAAUAAUGAUCCAGAAAAAGUAUUUGCAGAGGUUGAUGAUACCAGUUGGGGAAAGAAAGUGACUCAAAAUUUGAAUUCGCCUUGGGGUGCCACAGUUGCUAAUGAUAAAGCUGUUGCUAAUGAGGCUGGGGCUUGGGGAACUACAGCUAGAGUUGGAUCCGGCUCUGGUUCAUCUGAUGGCUGGGAUAAAGUAACAGUGUCUGUUGGAGGUAUUUCAGGCUCUUCAAAAGAUGCUGUAGACAAGUGGGAUCAGUCAUAUCUUAAAACUGAGAACUCUGGUGCUGGUGUUGCUUCCUCUUGGGGGAAAGGUGCUACUGGUAAUGAUAGUGCUUCAAAAAUAUCUGAGGAACCAUGGGGCAAAGGGAAAACUGUUGCUGGAAACCCGACAGACAGCUGGAAUGGUGCACCUACGGGUAAGACUGGACAUGAUUCUUGGAGUAACAGUAAGGAUAUGGUUGAAGCAGGAUCAUGGGGGAAGAAUAAUAGCCCCAGUAUGGCUGAGGACUCUUCAAAGAAAGAGGUUUCUGGGUGGGGUCAGCCUAAAUCUUGGGACAAAGGGAAAGACGUAGUUAAAGGUGAUGAAUCCAUCUGGGGCAAACCUGCAGACACCCAAAAGGAGAUAGAGGGGGGAAUUCUUGAAAAUCCUUCGGGCAAAGCUGUUUCGACUGGAACCUGGGGUAAUGCAGCUGGGACGUGGGGCCAGCCAGAAGCCAAAGCUACUGAUGAAGCAAGUGGUUGGGGAAAGGCUGAGAAUUGGGGUGACAAGAAGAAUUCUAAUGAAGAUGUUGGUUGGACUAACAAUGCAUCUAAUGACCGAAAUCACUCUGAUAAAUGGAGUAAGCCAAAAUCCGCUGUUGUUGAUGGGGGAUCAUCAUGGAGUAAACAAGGUGAUGAAUCUUCUUGGAGUAAAAGAGACGGAGGGUCUUCAUGGGGUAGUCAAGCUGCUGUAAAUACUGGAGAUGAGUCCAAGAAAGGUGAUUGGACCUCAUCUGGGGGUGCACAACAGGAAUCAGGCUGGUCCAAGAAAAGCAGUUGGAAUGCCGGAUCUGGUGGUGCAAAUGAGGAAUCUGGUUGGGCUAAGAAGAGCAGUUGGAACAAUGACUCUGGUGAUGCUGGCCAGGAUUCUGUGCUUGGUAGGUUUGAAGGCCAAUCAGAUGCUUCUGGUGACCGACCAGGUGGUGGAAGAUGGGGAGGAGGUUUCGCAGGGAGAGAUGGCUCAGAUAGAGGGGGUUUUAGAGGUAGAGGGGACAGUGGUGGAUUUAGAGGUAGAGGGGACAGAGGUGGAUUUAGAGGAAGGGGUGGGGGUUUCAGAGGUUCAGACAGUGGGGGAUUUAGAGGUAGAGGGGACACAGGAGGAUAUAGAGGUAGGGGCGGGUCAGGAAGAGGGGGUGAAGGGUCUUCGUGGAGUAAACAGGAUGGAGGGCCUUCAUGGGGUAGACAACCGGAAAAUAAGGAAGGUGAGUCUGGCGGUGUUAACCAGGAAUCUGGUUGGGCCAAGAAGAGCAGUUGGAACAAUGAAUCUGGUGAUACUGACCAGGAUAGAAUUGACGGGCAAUCAGAGGCUUUUGGUGACCGGCCACGUGGUGGGAGAUGGGGUGGAGGUUUCAGAGGUUCUGACAGGGGGGGAUUUAGAGGUAGAGGGGACACAGAAGGAUAUAGAGGUAGGGGUGGAUCAGGAAGAGGAGGUGAAGGGUCUUGGAGCAAACAAGAUGGAGGGUCUUCAUGGGGUAGACAACCGGAAAAUAAGGAAGGCGAGUCUGGCCCUGUGAACCAGGAUUCUGGUUGGGCCAAGAAUAGCAGUUGGAAUUCUGGAUCUGGUGGUGCAAACGUGGAAUCUGGUUGGGCCAAGAAUAGCAGUUGGAACUCUGGAUCUGGUGAUGCAAACCAGGAAUCUGGUUGGGCCAAGAAGAGCAGUUGGAACAAUGAAUCAGGUGAUGCAGGCCAGGAUUCUGUGCUUGGUAGAAGUGAAAGCCAAUCAGGGGCUUUUGGUGACCGGCCAGGUGGUGGGAGUUGGGGUGGGGGUUUUGGAGGGAGAGGUGGCUCAGACAGAGGAGGUUUUAGAGGCCAAGGGGAUAGAGGAGGAUAUAGAGGUAGGGGUUCGUCAGGCAGAGGAGGUUAUGGUGGUCAAGGUAGAUUUGAUGGAGGUGGAAAUGAUGGGAACCAAGGAGGUGAUGAUAAAGGCACAUGGAAGAGUUGGAAUUCUGGAAGUGGUGGUGCUGACAAUCGGGGCGGUGGUUGGAAUAGUAAUGAUUCUGAAUGGAAAAAGCCAGCGAGGCCAAGCAUUACUAAUGAUCAUACUGGUGGAUGGAACAAAGGAACUGGUUCUGUCAACGAAGCUGGUGGAAACGAAGGUGGUGGCUUGAGCGGCCAACAGAAAAGGUGGAAUUCUGGUAACAGUGAGAGCAGCAAUGAAGCUGGUGGCUGGAAUAAGCAAGGAUCAGGUUGGAACGGAGGAAAAUGUCCGGAAAAUAGUGGCAGAGCGGAAGAUCAAUCUAAAAUUUGGAAUCAGUCUAGUUCUGCGGGGCAAGCAUCUGGUUGGAGUCGGCCAAAAGAGGCAAAAGAAGGAAGUAGUGGAGAUGGACAAGCACCGGAUUCAUCGAGUAAACCAGCAACAAGCUCAUGGGGUGGCAAUACCAGCAAUGAAGCUGGUGGCUGGAAUAAGCAAGGAUCAGGUUGGAACGGAGGAAAAGGUCCGGAAAAUAUUGGCAGAGCUGAAGAUCAAUCUAAAGUUUGGAAUCAGUCUAGUUCUGUGGGGCAAGCAUCUGGUUGGAAUCAGCCGAAAGAGGCAAAAGAAGGAAGUAGUGGAGAUGGACAAGCACCGGAUUCAGCAAGUAAACCAGCAACAAGCUCAUGGGGUGGCAAAGGAGGGUGGUAAUGGUUCGUUGAGUUAUGAUUCCCGCUUUCUGUAUGUAUGGAUCUCUUCUCUGUCUGUCUAGUUAACCUUUUAAAGUGCAAAUCUUUUAGGUUUUAAUAAUGUGUAUCCCAUAACCUAAACUCUUACGUUUGCAACUGUGGUGACAGGAUUAUCUAUGUUCCUUUAAGGGGAAAGUGGCAGUUUAAAUUUUCUUAUUUGUAGUGAGACAAAAGAUGUUUUAAUUCUUGGAAAGCAACUUCAUUUAUCCUAUUCCUUGAUCUGGUGGGUUUCUGCUCUCUGAUAA